AUGAGCGAACUUCCCAAAGAUAUGGAUCUGAAAAAGUUGAUGGACGAAAUACGAUCUUUGCACCUUAAAGUAGAUCAUGUGACCAAUACUCUCGGCUCGUUGGAUAAAAAGAUCAACGAUAUAGCUGCAUUACAGCAGAUUGGAGGCGAAACAGUGCGCAAAUCUGCCAAUUCCAUUAAUAUUAUUAUCAGGUUUUUGGCCGGUUUACGUAAACUGUCACCUGAAGAGUUAAAAAACACACUUGUUGAAGGAGAUGCCAUACUGAAUACAGUCAAUCCCAUUCCAACAGGGCAAAGUAUUGAUGAAGCUUUAGAGUGGAAUGAUUUUAAAGAGAAGCUGAAAACAACACUUAAGGAAGUGUUUGAUUUAUUAAAUUCGUUGCCCAUUGAUACCAACAGCAAUGGUUCAGGGGCUUCGACGAAUAAUGCAAAUAAUAUUGACAGGAAAGUAGAAGAAGAGAAAAUCCAAUUUUGGAGAAAAUAUAAAAAUAAAUAUAACUAUAUUGACAAGCUUAAGCCAAAAUUGCCACCAAUAAACAACCCAGUUGAGGAAGUGGUAUCAUCUAUACAAAAUGAAGUAAACAGCACUGAAGAAAAUGAUAAAAAUCCAAUUGUACAAAAUAAUUUAAAUAGCGAGACAACAUAUACAAUAAAUGACAUUAUACAGAACAAAGAAGUAUAUGAAAUGUUUAAAAAGAGACUAAAAAAUUCACCAUAUGAUGACCCAGUUUACAAAAAUAAUGUUGUCAAUUCUAAACUAACUCUAACAUUGGCUAAUGGUGAAACCUAUAUAAGACCAGUGAGUCAUGUAGCACCGCUCAUAGUACUAAAAAAAUGUGAUGAUUUAUGUCCAAUUCCACUACAUAAAAAAAAAAGGAGGGAUGAACAUUUUCCAAGUACUUCAAAGGAUAUAACAAAUAGGAGGGAUGAACAUUUUCCAAGUACUUCAAAGGAUAUAAAUGAUUCCAGUAGUAAAAAAACAAAGGAUAUAACAAAUAGGUAG